AUUGCUCUCGACAUGAUCUCUUAACUUAGGAACCAUGGCAUUAGGAUUCACCCUGUAAGUCCAAUGGAAAAACAGCCUGAGAACAAGCCUGUGACCUGCCUAUGAUAAACUUGCCUCUUGUGUACCGGUGUAUUAUAUUUGGUAAUGCAAUUUGAAGAAACAGCUACAGAUAUCCUAAUAUAAAUCUCAGAAUGUCGAGCUUCUCGAAAAACUCCAAAAAAGGGUCGGUCGGCAGGAAAGGGAAAUCAGCGGUAAAGACCGCUGAGGUUAAAAGUGAAACUAGCGGAAGUUUUAUAUAUGGCAUGAAACCCAAGGCCGACGACUCAGGGAAGCGGGUUUGCCCACAGCGAAAGCAGUCGGGCAGGAAGGCAAAGGAGGAGAGAACCAUUGAGAAGUUCCGGAACAUCGACUUCUUCGGCAAACGCGACUCGAACAACAUACUGACGGUCCAGAACCUUGAGUUUCCGGAUGCCAAUAUCGCUCGCACUGAGCUGAGCAAGCGCGACGAGUGCGGUAAGAGUGUGAUCCGAGACAGGGGCCGAGACUUUGGCAGCUCAAGCAACUCCCACUUCAGAGACGGUGUUGAGACCGUUAAGAUCAAAGCGACCAGCUGCACCGGGUCCGUAACAACGCACAAGUCGCAGGCCGAAAAUUCCGAGCGCCACAGCUUCAAACGGAUGGUAGUAAAUGCGCCGGGCUCAGAGGAGCUGGUUGACUCGGUUCAUCAGCCCUCCACCCAUCCGCCCAACUUCCAGGGCGACGAAUGGAAUCGCCCGUGCUCGGCCAGCUUUGUGGCGGGAGCUCAGCGGCGUCGCUUGGGUCGCUGCCCGACGGAUUACGAGGAGUUGGCCAAGCUGACUGCGGCGCGCCAAAAGUUCUUCCUCACGCAGGACCCACGCAAGUCCUACUGCCUGAUCAAUCCAGUGGCUCUGCGCCACAAGCCGCUGACGAAGGAGGAGGAGUUUAGCCUGAUCAGCAAGCUGGUAAAGCAUGGCGACAAUCUCUGCGCCAGCACUGGCUCGGAGACCUCUGACACGCACAUCUGCGAGGUGAUUGACCUGCAGAACCCGCUGGGCCUGGACUUUCACGGCAUGGAUUACAAGACAACCUUCGAGCAGGACGAGAUUGAGCAGCAGAAUACCCUGACCUUCUGGCGCGUUCAACGGUACAUGGCGCGUCGCAAGGUGAAGAAGAAUACGAAGGUGACUGUGGAGAAAGAGCUGAAGGAGGAGCGCCUGGCCGUGCCGCAGCGCUUCAACACUACGAUCAAGGAUAUGCCCGUGGAGGAGCCGACGUGGCCUCGACCUAAUCGGCUCGUACACUUGUACCGCAGUCCGGAUAAGCCGGCCAACAAGCGCAAGAUCGAGGAGGAGGGCAAGCGACGGGCGGCACGCUACAAGGAUAUCUACCUGCGAAAGAAGCAACGCGAGGAGGAGCAGCUAGAGGAGCGCCGCAAGCAGGAAGUGGCCAUCAAAGAAAUCGAGGGCCGAACCGUGGCCGAGAAGGACCUUCGCGACGACGUCGCCGUCAUCGACGACGCGAUUGAGCGUAGCUUUCGGAAGCAUGUGGAGCUCAAGCCCAUCAUCCGGAAGAGGAAGGUCUUCCCCAAGACGCUGACGGAGACGGAGCGCCUGAAGUCAAUCAUGCACCGAGAAGACUGUGUGCGCCGGGACAAGGCCAAGGUCACCCAGCAAUUUUACCUAGAGCGCACCGGGAAACUGAAGUACAUGCCGGACGCGGAGCAGAAGCUGCGCUGCGAUGAAAGCAUCGAGGGCAGUGUGGGCUCCACGCCUAGCGAGCAGAGCAGCGAUGACGAGGACUACCUGCAGGUAGGCAAAAUCGGAGACAAGUUCCAGCUGCGUGGCUUCCAUUUCAAACACGGCGACGGUCUCCGCGGGAAGCUGCAUCGCCACCAAAUCAUGCAAGGACAGCGCACGGUGAAGGGCUGCCUGACGCGGGAUGAGUGGCUGAAUCAGUUGGUGCCGCACAAGGAGCCCAUUAAGCUGGACGUCGAACGCGGGAUCAUUAAGGUUCUUGAUCCUGACGAUCCCAACUUGGACCUCUUCCCUCCCGAGCCGCUGCUCAUGAAACGGCGCGAACGCCAGAGUGCCGUGCGGGAGUUUAUCGACCAGCGUUUGGGUCUCCAUUACCACCGCCGGCUGCGCAAGAACCUCAAGCUCGUCAAGCCGAAGCCGGCCUACAACGUGCGCAAGUUUAAUCUCAUCCGGUAUGUGUUUCCCGAGAAGGUUAUUGUGCCCGAUGAUCGAGUGCCAGUGGAGGAGAUGGAGGUGCUCGACUCCACCAAAGUGAAGACCACGCAGGAGUACCUUAACCUCAAGCAGCAGUUGGCCAAGUCCAAGCUGCAUAAGAAAAAGCUAGCCCGCAUGCAAUUGCUUGGCCUGCCCUGCAUCGAGAAGGAGCAGUUGCGGGUGGCUGAUCCUUGUCUUCAGGAGGAGGAGGACCUAGACAUGGAUUGGGUGCCCGUUCCUGAACCCCCCUACGACGAUGGCCAGGGCCAGGCUGAAGGCGAGCCUAAUGAGCGCCUAGAGGCCGGCUGUGACCGUGCUCCAACAAGACUUCACGGGUUCACUCGAUCUCCGACCAUUCAGCGACCCACUCCUGCCCCCAAGAUAUACUCUCGUGGACGAUUCCGUGCAGGUGGUGCUAACCAGCCUGCCCGCUACCGGGGUAACAUGCCGGCACCCGAAGAACGUGAGAAAACCCUGACGACACACCCGCGCCGAAUGCGCGACUACGCUGCCGAGCGCAUUCCAUCGGCCAUAUUCAACGAGGUCCUAAAGACGUCCACAGUGCCACUGCUAGAGCAGCCGGAACCGGAGAAGGUCCGCUUCGCUAAUGUGCGCUCCAAGAAGCGUCCGUAUACGGAUAUAUUAGAGGCGCGUCACCACCACGAUCACUGGUCCCCGACCCAGGUGAAGAACGUACAUGUGCAGUACCAGCCAAAGACGGUGAUUCCGGAAAUCACCAAGUUGGCCAAGAAGCCACCGCGAAUGGUGGCCAAGUUCGAGAGGGCAAACCCGCCCAGCAGCAAGUAUGUAGACAAGGACCUGACCAUGCCCAGCUACGACUUUAAUCAGAUGAUAGCCGACCAUUUGGCCGUCACCCGCACCGACAACAAGGAGGCUGCCGGCGAAGUGGUCCAGAACCUCUGUCAUCCCUACGACUUUGUCUUUCACUCUCGGGACCCAGAGGAACUGGCGAAGCUGGACUUUCCCGGACGAAAGCAGUACCUAGAGCUGUUGCGAGAAACCCGCGAGGCCAUUUACGAGACAAAGGACAUCGAGCCAGGCGAGGAGCGGCUGUUAGUGGACCGGCGCGCUGUCGUCGCCGAUCUAGAGGAGGAUCUUAAAAGCAUCGAGAACUGCCUCAGCUCCUUGAGUAGCUCGACUUGCACGGAUCUGUCAAACGACAGCGGCAGCUACAUGGUGAUCGGGGAUAAGACCAAGUUGCCCCUGGACUACAUCCGAAAGCCGUUGGUACCCUUCGAGGAGAUGCGACGCGGCCGCUUUCAUGCCGCGGUGAUUGACGUGAAUGCAGAGGACGCGAAUCCCUUCCGUAUGCUGCCCUUUUCGGGCCAGCACAAGGAGCAGGCCGAUAUGUUGGGACCCAAGGAUACGUUUUUUACCUUCAGCACGCGGCUGCGAAACAGCCUUCGCAUGCGUCUCGAGGUGCCAGUGCCGGACGUGCGCAACACUCUCCUGGGACCCGGGGCUCGCAAGUACUACGGGGCUGUGAUCACGGACCUGGACGAGAACUACAUCGAGGAACUGAAGAGUCGCGCAACCAUCAAACCGUUCAAGUUUAAGACUAGCAUUCAGCUCCUGAAGGACGCCAUGCGGCUGAAGUACGAGUCCUUGCUGAUUCAGGGCCAAAUGGUGCGCACCAAGAUCUACGACCGGAUGAAUGAACGUCACUGGGUGGACAUGAAGAACACGAAGAGUCUAUACGAGGCCCUGUUCGCCAAGUGGCAGAAGAAGGAGUACAACGCGGCCAUGACGAUGGUCUACCAGGUGAAGUCGUAUUACGAGACCACGGACAAGCUGAAGCAGGAGUAUCGCGAACUGGAGCGGGAGCUAAUGAUGCUCAACAUGGACAUUGUGUUCAUCGAGGGCCACUGGAUCCGGUGCAUUAUGCUGCAGAAUUUCCAUUACCUGAUGGGGGACCAGGACUGGCGUGCGGAGCACGACUGGAUACAUUUGAUACCGAAAACCAAGCGACACACCAGCGAUGUUGAAGGCUCCGAGGAGCAGGAGCCGGAAGCGCCUGAAGAAGCGGAUGAGGAGCACAUGGAGCUUGAGCCGUACGAUAUAUCCAUUGCGAAGCGAUCUAUUGUUAAUAUUCGUGUGCGGGACAAGGACGAUGCCUGGGCCAUUCGCGCCUUCUACUAUGACGUAUACAUGCAGAAGACCCACCCGAUUCUGCAGGUGUUCCCCGAUGCAGACGCUUUCCUGCAAGGCCUAGAAAACCUGAAGAACAAGACUUUCAUGCUGCUGCUGGAGAUGCAUUUCACGCUCUCCAUUCACACCGAGCUACAGGGUCGUCUGGAGACCUUUGUCGAUUGGUGCACCAAUGACCUAAAGGAGAAGCAGGAGUAUGUCGCUCGCAAGUCGGCCAAGAAGUUCUUUAUGGAGGACCGGGCCAUGGAUAUGGAAAACAGGGUUCAUGAGUAUCUGGGAAAGCCUAUUGAGAAUACCAUUGCGGACGAAGACUUUAACAAGCAUCGUGCCGUGCUGGCCGAGGUGUGGCGUCGCGUGGUUCCGGACUCAGUGCGGGGCACAAGUGACGUCUUGCCCAACACCACCGACAUGGUGGCUGCCAUUAGCGACGUGGUCAUGGAUAUUCUGUCCAAGUUCGAGCACCUGGACAUUGAUAAGAUCCGGUCCUUGGAAGCCACGUUGCGCAAGGAGCGACGCUACCGCGAGAAGAUUUCGGCCCAGGCCUACCAGGUGGAGCGUCGCAUUGAUAUGGAGAUGAAAAAGGUACGCAAGAACCUCGAGCCGCCCUACAAGAAGCCAAAGCGCGAGGGCCGUCUGCCGAGGCUUUACCUCAAGAAGAGGGUCGUUCCGGAGGAGAAGGAAGUGAUUGUGAUCUCCGAGCACACGAAGAACUUUGUGCGAGCCUUCAGGGAGGACGGAUACACCGGCGACCAAAUCACCACGUCCCUACUGACUGCAGAUAACAUGCAGGAACAGAUCGUGCCCUUCUACUUUGACCACUUCCUCAAGAUCAAUGGCUACACGCCUAAUUAUAACUUCAGAACCAAUGUGGAUACGCGCGACGGUAACGAGUUCAAUCGCCUUAAGGUGCGAGAGGUCGUACCUGAUGUCCUGCUCAGGUUGGAGAUGUUGGAGAUGUCACAAAAGAAGAUCAUGGAGGAGAAUAUCCAGCGCAAUCCAAAGAUGUACGAGAAUGUCAUAUAGGUGCCACUACGAAACCCCCCAACAUAAUUAAUAACACAAAAUACUAUUCCAGUUGACGAGCUUUCCUGUUUACUAAAUUUUUGGUGGUAAUAAAUACUAUAAAUAAAAUGUA